GAAUUGGCCAUUUUGACUCGGAAUACAGAUAGUCCCCUGUUUCGUUGUUCUCUGUUUUCUUCUUUGCACUGGAGAAAAUUCAUCAGAAAUGGCUUCAAUCUCUUCAAUCAAUCAGUUUUCGCGUAAAAUCUUCCGUGGUUCGUCUCUGAACUCAAAAUCGAAACUAAAUGCUGCGCUUUCUCCGGUUAAUCGGAUCAAUUUUCCUGCCGUUCCGCUCAGGAAAUCUGCGAAGCUGAAGCAGAAAUUCACGGUGGGAGCUGUCAGCGAAGAUGAGUGGGGCCCUGACAAUGAGCCCGCACCUCCAGGAGUGGCGGUUAUUGACGAGAAGCCCUCGGAAAUCGAUAUACUGAAGAAACAAUUGGUGGACUCGUUUUAUGGAACAAACAGGGGAUUGGGCGCUUCUAGUGAUACUAGGGCGGAGAUUGUGGAGCUCAUCACGCAGCUCGAGGCUAAAAACCCAACUCCUGCUCCGACUGAGGCUUUAACCUUACUCAAUGGAAAAUGGAUCCUUGCGUACACGACAUUUUCUGGGUUGUUUCCCUUGUUUUCAAGAGGUGCAUCUCUGCCGCUGGCAAAACUUGAAGAGAUAUCACAGACCAUUGACUCGGAAAAUUUCACUGUCCAGAACUCGGUUGUGUUUUCUGGACCAUUGGCAACCACAUCAAUCUCUACCAAUGCCAAAUUUGAAGUUCGAAGUCCCAAGCGUGUGCAGAUUAAGUUUGAGGAAGGUGUUAUUGGGACGCCCCAAUUGACAGAUUCCAUUGUAUUGCCUGAAAAUGUGGAAUUCUUGGGUCAAAAGAUUGAUCUUACGCCCUUCAAAGGUUUGCUCACCUCUGUACAGGACACAGCUUCUUCUGUUGCCAAGACCAUUUCUAGCCGCCCUCCCUUGAAGUUUUCCAUCUCCAAUAGCAACGCGGAAUCAUGGCUGCUAACAACAUACCUUGAUGAUGAGCUUCGAAUUUCAAGAGGAGAUGGAGGCAGUAUCUUUGUGCUUAUCAAGGAAGGCAGUCCCCUCUUGACAUCUUAGACAUUACUGGUUUUCAGUAACUGUUGUAUUAUAUUAGCUCCUCUUUUUUGGGAUCAGUGUAAAAAAAUUAAAUAAAACCAAGACGAGUUGAUCUCCCAUUGUUAUGUAUACUGCGAAUAUAUCCUAUAAAUUUCAUAAUAUUUGAUAAGCUGACGAAUAUUCGUCUUUUCAA